GGCAGGCCUUCUCUAAACCUCCAGCCAUGGCUUCAGCCGGCCUCCAGCUCCUGGGCAUGAUCCUUGCAAUACUGGGCUGGAUAGCAUCCCUAGUGGCUUGCGCCAUGCCCAUGUGGAAAAUCACAGCCUUCAUUGGCAAUAACAUCGUAGUAGCCCAGGUUACAUGGGAAGGCCUCUGGAUGUCUUGUGUGGUCCAGAGCACCGGUCAGAUGCAGUGCAAGGUAUAUGACUCUCUGCUGGCCCUGCCUCAUGAUGUGCAAGCAGCCAGAGCUCUCACUGUCAUCACUCUGCUUUUGGGCCUGGUGGGCCUGCUGAUCUACCUCGCUGGGGCCAAGUGUACCACGUGUAUAGAAGAAGAGGAGCCAAAAGCCCGGCUGGUACUGACUUCUGGGAUCAUUUUCCUCAUCUCGGCAGUCCUGAUCCUGAUCCCUCUGUGCUGGACCGCCCACGUGAUCAUCAGGGACUUUUACAUCCCCCUGGUGGCUGAGGCUCAGAAACGGGAGCUGGGACACAGCCUGUAUGUGGGCUGGGCUGCUGCAGCCCUUUUUCUCCUAGGUGGGGGGUUACUGUGCUGCACUUGCCCCUCAGGCAGCUCAAGGGGCACAAACAAUUACAUAGCCCGAUACUCUGCCUCCGCCCCUCCCCCAGGGGGCUCCCGAGGUCCUUCUGAAUACCCAACCAAGAAUUACGUGUGAAUCUGGAAGGAAGUAGCAGGGAAAGGGGGGGCCUACAAAUGACUCCCUUAGGUAAGGGAGGGCCUCUUUCCCCUG